UCUCUCUCUCUCUCUCUCUCUCUCUCUCUCUCUCUCUCUCUCUCUGUGUUAAGUGCAUAAAUAUGGAUGCCUCGUGGGCAGAAGGAUGUUCUUCCUCUUCCAUACCCAUAUUACCGCAAAGGAUAUACCACGUUUUUGUGAGUUUCAGAGGUGUCGAUACUCGUAAAAACUUUACCAGCCAUCUGUUUGCUGCUUUAGAGGACAAUGGUUUUCGCACAUUCAGGGACGACAAAGAGCUCAAAAGAGGAGAAUAUAUUAGCGAUGAGUUAGCGAAAGCAAUUGAGGGCUCUAGAAUGUCGUUAAUAGUGUUCUCAAAAGACUAUGCUGGGUCGAGGUGGUGCCUUGAUGAACUUGUGAGGAUCAUGAAUUGCAGGGAGACUUUGAAACAGAUUGUCGUGCCCAUCUUUUAUGAUGUUGUUCCAUCUAAAGUGCGGAAGCAGAUGGGGGUUCUUCAACGAGCAUUUGCCGAGCAUGAAAAGCAUUUUAGAGAGGAAUCGGAUGGCAAGGUGGAAAAGUGGAGGGUAGCUCUUACUGAAGCUGCUAAUUUAUCAGGUCGGCACUUACUGAAUGAGGCCAACGGAGAUGAAGCUGAGUUAAUUAAGAUGAUCAUUAAAGAUGUUAGAGAAAAAGUAAAUCCAACACAUCUAAAUGUUCCAUACCACCAAGUUGGACUAGAGCUUCGUGUUGCAAAGCUCAAUGCAUCGCUGAACAAGGAAUCCAAUUGUGUUCGCAUUGUUGCCAUAUGGGGCAUGGGUGGAAUUGGCAAGACUACAAUUGCAAAAGGACUGUAUAAUCUCAUCCAACACAAGUUUGAACGUAGCGGUUUUCUUGCGAAUGUCAGAGAAACUUUGCAGCGACCGAAUGGUUUGGAUGAGUUACAAAAGAAACUUCUUUCGGCUAUAUUAAAAAGAACUCAUAAAGUAAGUAAUUUUCAUGAAGGCAUUGAGGUUAUAAAGAAGGAAGCUUUCAGUCAAAAAAAGGUUCUUCUUGUUCUGGAUGACGUGGAUAAUGUCCAACAAUUGGAGGCACUAGCCAUAAAUCGAGAUUUCUUCGCUCCUGGAAGCAGAAUCAUCAUAACAACAAGAGAUAAGUCUUCGCUAAAAAUUCUUGAAUUGGGUGAGAAUGAGAUAUAUGGGCCAGAGAAAUUGGACGAGGACGAAUCCCUUGAGCUCUUCAGUUGGCAUGCCUUUAAGGAAGACCACCCUCCAGAAGUCCAUUUGGACCUUUCACGCCAAAUUGGGCAUUAUGCUGGAGGGCUUCCGUUAGCUCUUGAAGUUUUGGGUUCCUAUUUCUAUGGCCAGAGCAUACCUCAAUGGGAAAGCGCAAUAGCAAAAUUAAGAAAAAUUCUUGAUGAUGAUGUUCAGGGAAAACUUAACAUAAGUCUUAAGAUUAGUUUUGAUUCACUAAGCGAGCAACUGAAGAAGUUGUUCCUUGAUAUGGCAUGUUUUUUUGUUGGAAUAAGUCGAGAUUUUACAGUAAAAAUAUUGGAAGGCUGCAACAUUUUCGCAGAAGACGGGAUUCGGAAACUAGUCGAUCGGUGUCUCAUAAAAUACGACCAUCAUGACCAAAUUGUGAUGCAUGAUAUGAUUAUAGACAUGGCCAGAGAAAUCGUCAGGCAAGAAUCUUUUGAGGAUCCUGGAAAGCGUAGCCGAUUGUGGUAUCUUGACGAUGUCCUCGAAGUUCUGAGAGAUGGCACGGGAACUGAAGCAGUUAAAGGCCUCAUCCUAAAUGCUACAAAUGUUCAAGUGAAUACAAAGCCACUUGAAAAGAUGGACAGACUGUGGUAUUGUGAGCAUAUCCUUGAGGUUCGAAGAGAUGGCAUGGGAACUGAAGUAGUUGAAGGUCGCCUUCCAGACUUUAAUGAUCCAAAAGAUGUCCAAGUGAAUGCUAAGGCAUUUGAAAAAAUGAACAACCUCUGGCUGCUUCAUCUCGAUUAUGUCUAUCUAACUGCUGGUUAUGAACAUAUUUCUAAAAGGCUAUUAUGGCUAAGCUGGAAAGGGUUCCCUUUGGAUUGUAUACCUUGGAAUUUUUCUAUGGAGAAGCUAGUUGCUCUCGAUUUGCGUUAUAGCAGCCUGAAAAAAGUUUGGAAUGGAAACAUGAAUCUGGGCAAACUGAAGUUCCUUUACCUCGGUCACUGCCAUUACCUAACCAGAACCCCCGACUUCUCUGGACUCUACUCUCUUGAGGAACUGUUGCUUAAUGAUUGCAAAAGUUUGGUGGAAGUCGACGAGUCUAUUAGAUGUCUAAACAAACUUGUUGUCCUGGAUAUGAAAAACUGUACAAAACUUCGGAAGCUUCCCUAUGGCAUUUGGAUGUUGAAAUAUCUCAAACUUCUUGACCUCUCUGGCUGUUCCGAGCUAGGAAACUUAGCUGUAUUUAAAGGACCGCUGCAUAAAUUAUGGUGCUUAUUCUUCUCGUCUUGGACAAUGCCAAGAAAGGGUGUGAGUUCUUUUGGGUUUCCACUUACCCCUGUCCAAGCCUCCGGUUGCUUAACGGAAUUAAAUCUGGAAAACUGUCAUUUGUCCCAUCUACCAGGUGAGAUGGGGAAUCUAAUCUCAUUACGGACUCUGCAUCUUACCCAAAACAAGUUGAGUAUCUUGCCGGAUAGUAUCUGUAACCUUAUUUGCUUGGAGCAUUUGAGUUUGGACGACAACAAUCUAUCACAUCUGCCUUGUGGAAUUGGGAGGUUGACCUCGUUAAAGGUUUUGGAUCUUGCAAGAAACAGUUUAUGUACCCUACCGGAUACCAUUGAUGGGUUGGUCUCAUUAAUGUCAUUGGAUAUUGAGGAAAAUAAUAUUUGCACCAUACCAGAUAGUGUCGGUAACAUUCCUAGCUUGUGGGACAUCCGAUUGAAUAAUUGUGCAAAUCUCCGAUCUCUUCCAAAGCUUCCAACAUGUCGUUCUGUGUAUGCAAUGUGUUGCCCAUCAUUAGAAAGCCUGCCACUUGAAUUUGAUCAGCUAGGGUGGUGGAGGGCGGACUAUUCGGAAUCCAAUAAAUUAGCUGAGAACAAUUAUUUAACUAGUCUCUUAAAACAACUCCCCAAGUGUAAGGGGCUCUCUGAACUUCAGCAUAAAGUUGAAAUUAUAGUUCCAGCAGGGGAUGAGGAGAUUCGUAAUUGGUUCCCGUGCCAUGAUGGUACAGGCCUAAAUGUAUCUUUUGUGGUGCCGCAUUCUCCUUAUGUGAAGCAGAAAUUGUUGGGUUGGAUUCUACGCGUUUUAGUCUGGACUCCCCGACAAGCACAUUGGAAAUUAUUGGGCUUUCAUUAUCUAGAGGUGAUCUGCAAUAAAAUAAAAAAGAAAGUAUCAGUAGUACCGGCUUUGCACUUCAAUCGCUCCGAUGUAUAUCAUCGUGUGUGGCUUCUGUAUAUACCACAGGGUUACGCAGGAUUGCACUUACAAGGCGGUGAUGAAGUGGAGAUCUCAAUAUCUGCAGAUCCUGAAACACCGGUAAAGAAUUGGGCGAUUGAUCUGAUUUACAAGGCUGAUGAGAUUCACAAGGCCACCGACACCUUGUACCAAGUGGUGUCAAUUUAGUGGUAACAACAUUCAACUUCGACAAAUACUCUUUGGAGAUUUGGAGUACUCUUAUUACUCCUGUUUUCAUCCGAUGAACACACUGGAUUUUGUAAGUUGAACCCAGCUUUUCAAAAAGACAAAAUACUUGUACUAAUUGUUAAUUUAUGUUUUUCUAGGGUUUCAUUACCAGUUUAUCUCAAGUUCUAAAAUCCACACCGCUCAAACUGCCUCUCAACUCUCUCACGUUUAGAUUCUGAUUGUGGAGGAGGUUAUGGUUCUAUGACGAAGGAAGGCAGCGGUUGUGGUACUCCAAUGAUGAAUCAGAUCAAUUGGCUUGGUGGCCUCACUGAUAUAGGGUUAGGCUUUUUUUAUUAUUAUUAUGGUGAGUUUUUUAUUGUGUGUAGGAUUGCGAUGGAGCCGAUCCAAUCUUUGGCUUUUAGAGGUAGUAGUGGUUUGGGUAUUUGUACUUGGGAAUGCUACGAUCCUUUGUGACUUUCUAGUCCUUUGAUUAAUGAAGAAUGCUAUCUUUUAGGUGAUUAUUUUA